AUGGAGACCAAAGCACCAUCAACCAAGAAAGAGUUGCAAUCAUUAUUAGGAAAGAUAAACUUCCUAAGAAGAUUCAUCUCAAACUUAAGUGGUCGAACUCAAGCCUUCUCUCCCCUCCUACGCCUGAAACAAGGGAAGUUCGAAUGGAAUGACGAACAUCAAAAGGCAUUUGACAAGAUCAAACACUAUCUGACGAAUCCUCCUAUCUUGGCACCACCAUGUGGAAAGAAGCCUAUGAGACUGUAUAUAUCAGCUUCCGACACUACCAUAGGUAGCAUGUUGGCACAAGAGAAUGAAGAUGGCGUCGAAAGAGCCAUUUAUUAUCUUAGUAGGGUUUUAAAUGAUGUAGAAACUAGGUACACUUCAAUAGAAAAGUUAUGUCUUUGUUUGCAUUUCUCUUGUACUAAACUCAAGUAUUAUAUAAAACCUAUUGAUUUAUACGUCUCUUCACAUUUUUAUGUCAUCAAGUAUAUGUUAUCUAAGCCAAUAAUGCACAGUCGAAUUGGCAAAUGGGCUUUGGCACUCACUGAAUACUCUUUAACCUUUAUGCCCUUAAGGGCAAUGAAGGGACAAAUAGUAUCAGACUUUAUUGUAGACCAUGCAGUGGUCGAAAAUCCUCAACUUCAAGUUGAGUUGAAACCUUGGAGAUUAUUCUUCGACGGUUCCACUCAUAAGGAUGGAAGUGGAGUUGGGAUCAUGUUAAUUUCUCCUGGCGGAAUUCCAAUAAAACUCAAAUAUAGAAUUGAAGGUCCCCUUUGUUCUAACAACGAAGCAGAAUACGAAGCCCUUAUUGCAGGACUUGAGGCUUUGUUACUUAAAAAAUUCGAAUAUAUCGACAUAAAACAUGUCCCUAGAAUAAAAAAUCAAGAAGCUAAUGACUUAGCACAAAUAGCUUCAGGGUAUAGAAUUUCAAAAGAGAAGCUAGAAGAACUUGUCGAAGUAAGAGGAAAGGCAAUGGCUGCCAGAUUGUCUCCGACAGAUUUGGAAAGCACUCAGUUAGGAUAUGCUAACAAAGAGGAGUUUGAAGUACUGGCCAUUGAUACCUUAAUAGAUAUAGAUAGGAGGAAUCCAAUUAUUAAUUAUCUUAAGGACCCUUCGACAGAUACAGAAAGAAAAACCAAGUACAAGGCUUUAUCUUAUGUUUUGAUGGGGAAUGAAUUAUUCAAGAAAACCCCUAAGGGGAUCCUGCUGAAAUGUUUAGGAGAAAACAAAGCUUACUUGGCAUUAUCUAGUGUACAUAGUGGAGCCUGUGGAGCACACCAGGAAGGCCAUAAGAUGAAAUGGUUGCUUUUCAGAUAUGGAAUGUAUUGGCCCACCAUGUUAAAAGAUUGUAUAGAGUUUGCUAAGGGUUGCCAAGAAUGUCAAAUACAUGCAGGAAUUCAACAUGCUCCUGCAAGUGAGCUUCAUACAAUUAUUAAGCCUUGGCCUUUCAGAGGUUGGGCAUUAGAUCUAAUUGGGGAAAUUUGA